UGGCUCCCAGUAUUAACACAGUGCUUCAGCAUCCAGAGUGUCAGUCCCGGUUUUGUUUUCCGGUAUAGUAGAGCUAUCAAAUCGUUAGAACGAUGAAAUUACUCGUUUGUGUGUAUGUACUGGCACUUGCCGGGGGGAGCUAUGCUGGCCGUCCCGGUGCCCAGGAAGUAAUCGAUAAGUUCCGGGCCAUCGUCCCCAGCUACCUGUCAGCGGUGAGCGAAGAUCAGCAGCAGCUGCUCACACUAGAGCGUCAAGGAACGGACGCUAUCGCCCAGUUUCACACCGACAUGAUGCUGGCAAAGGAAACAUUCGUAAUGUCCGUCACACGCCAGGAAGAUGCGCUGAUCGAGCUGAUGAACGCACAGAACCGCUCGGUUGCGGAUGGCCAGUGCAUGCAGUUCGUCUCGACGGCACUCAACCAAACGGUCAACGUGAUCGGUGUGGCAUACACGACGUGUAUUAAUGCGGCCGACGAAGCGUUGAGCGCUAACAUUUCCUCCUACUACGGUACGAUCGGUGAGCUGGAGCAAUCGGUCGUCGAUGGACGUUUGCUGGACGUGUUUCGGGGUGAUAACGUGUUCUACACGCCUGACAGAAUAGUGGCAAAGCUGCGCCAGAAGGAAAGCGAGCUUAAGGCAAACAACAGUUCAACUGCGAUUGGUGAAAUGCGCGAGGAGGUAGCAGCAUUCCAAGCCGACCUGUCCAAGAUCCGCGGGACUUACAUUAGCUGCAUGACGGUGGCCGAAGUAUCCUUUCGCUCGUACAUUGAGCUCGCUCGCUCGCAGCUGGUAAUGAUUUGUGGUGCAUUGUUUUAAGUUAAGCACGCCGUGUGGAUAAAAGAUUCGAUUCACAUUUGACGCGACUUUAAAUAAAGUAGACAAAAGCAGUCUACGCUCUCAGGUUUUCGGGUGGCUUAA